AUGAUCUUCUCAGUCCACGGUCUCCUCCUCGCCUCACUCUCCGUCAGCCUGGCCUUUGCCGGCCGAUUCGAGUCUCCCCGCCAGCAGUCGUCUGCACCUGCUGGCCCAGCCGUUCGACAACGGCAAGCCUCCCGAGCCCAGAUAGUGCGGCGUGCGACCCGGAAGAGAGACACAGCGCCGGCUCCAAAUACCUCCCCGCAAGUGAGCUGUGGCAGUCAGCCAGUCGGGCAACCCUUCAUUCUCCGUACGGACCUACAGACCAACAAUUACUUUACCGACUAUGUCCGCUCGCUGCCAAAUUCUAUCUACAACAGCGUCAAAACCCCGAUCGGUCAAGCGACUGUGUGGGUCCUGGACUCCUACUGUGCCUUGCGCCCAGACAACGACAGGUCUAGACGAGCUUCCGCGCAAGGCAAUACAGGUAGCUUUGUCUUUACAACGGCCGACGGCGAUGGCGAUACCCUUACCUGUACUGUCGACGCUGCCGCUGUUCUGACGUGCCGGACAGCCCAAGGUCUCGCCGUCACCCGCUGGAGUACCGGAAUCAAUGUCCUGACCCUCUACCCGAAUGCAAACUCGGGCGACCCAGCCAUCACCCUGACAGUUGAGGCGUACACUGGACCUCAUGUAUGCGGCACCGUCCCUAUGGACGCAGCCAUCUUCAUUCGCUCCGACGUCGGUACAUCUGCGUUUGUCGGCGCCGGCGUUGGGGGAUCUCGCUACGAUGUUGGUCGAGAUAGAAGUGGGAGCACAUUUUUUGUGCUCGAUCGGACCUGCACCUUCCGUGAAUACGAGUCUCCUUUUGCACAGGGCUCCGUCACCGACUCCACAACCGGGUCAUAUAUCGAAAGAGUGGACAGCCGGUACGGAACCGUUCGAGCCGUCACAUGCACGGCCGAUGCCGCGAAUGUCCUGACGUGCCGAGCUGGGAAUGGGCUCGACAGCACCCGCCAUAGUCCACAAGGCGGGUCUGAUUACCUGACCCUGUACAAUAGCGUCACCAAUCCUGGAGGGGAUCCGAGCGUGACUCUGACGGCGGAGUUGGCUUAG